AUGAAUUUUGAGCAAAAAAUCGCGAGUUCACCGAAGUAAGUUAGAAUUUCUGAUGAAAAAGUACAAAAAUUUACGUUUUUCAUUGAUAAGCUACUUUUUUCGGCGAAAAAUUGGGGAGUACAACAUAUUUUAUGUGAUUUUUGAGGCUUUUUUGAUAAAGGAAAUUUGAAAGGUCGAAAUGUCUUUUCAAAACACUCUAAAAGCAAAAAUUGUGAAGCUUGAAAUUUGAAAUUUCUUUAAUGAAUUUUUGAAACAGUGAAUUUUUUGGAACACAAAAUUAAGUUUUUUUCAGAAUUUCUAAUUUUUUCUUCAAAAAAAAAUUCAUGGAUUUUAAAAUCGAUUUUUCGCAAAAAUCAAUUUGCCACGUGGCAAAAAUGCCCCGCCAAAAAUUAAUUUUCAAAAAAAAAACAAAAUUUUCCAGAUCCUUCGACUCAACUUCGAGCCGUUUUCGAAUUUUCGACCACUUUCCCAAAUUCUCCACACACUCAAAAAAUGAAGUAGAAGAUUCAGAUGACUUGGAUGAAGAAGCCUAUCGAAAAUUUUCAGCCAGGAAUAUCGAUUUUUCGGCUGAAAAUGCACCUGAAAAUUGUGAAAAUUCGGAGAAAAAUGAGAAUUUACACGAAUGGUUGAUCACUUCUUAUUAUGGUUAUGGAACUUUGAAAGAGCCCACGAUUUUCGCUAACUUGUAUCCGAAUUUGAUGAUGGAAAAUGACGUGAAUUUAAAUUCCGGGGAUUUUCAAGAGAAUCAGGAAGGCGAGUGUUGUUCGAGUGAAUCGAAUUCACUUCUGAUGGCCGAGAAAAUCGAGCUGGAGCAGAAAAAUUUGGAUUUGGAGAGCAAUUCGAUGGCUGUUUAUGAGUUCGAUUAUAAAUUGUGCAAGGAUUGUGUGAGUUUCGAAUUUUGAUGUCAAAAAUCAAUGUGAUCUCUGAUUGACAACACCAAAAAUCACAUGAAACUUUUUUUUUCGAGGAAAAAAAAGAAGUAGCUUGAUAAAAAAUGUCUGAUAAAAUUAUACUUCAGGCAUUCCCAGUUCAUAGCACACAAAAAAUGUACGAAAAAAUUGCCACGUGGCAUUUUUUGGCCCUAAACUUCAGAUAUUUUGCCACGUGGAAUUUUUCUAGUUCAAUAAUUCGGUCUAGAUGUCAUUACUAUGGCCAAUUCAUAAUCAAAAAGUCAAGCAACAUUUUUUUUGUAUAGAAUUUUUUGAAACAGUGAAUUUUUUCAAAUGAAAAAAUAAUCGUUUUUUUUCUAAUUUCGCGGCAAUAACAUAUUUUUAUUCCAGAAAUCGCGCUACACUCGAAAUCGCUCAACUCGUUGGUUUCCGAAUAAUUUGGCUGCUCAUUUCGACUUUCCUGUUGUCUUUGGCACUUUUUCCAUGGGGACUUUUCGCGAUUUUUUUGCUCAUUUUGAUUCCAUCGCAAGUUCGACGGGCAGUUUGUAA